AUGGCCUCACUAGCACAUAUCGUAUUGCUUUCAUGUCUUGUUGCAUUCUUUGCUUCAACCUUGCAAGAUAAUUCACUUGACUAUGAGCCCAAACCCUUAUCAAGCUAUCUUCCAAGCAAGUAUAAGAAAAUCCUGAACGCCAUAGACUCGUGUUGGAGGACGGAGUCCAAUUGGGCUACCAAUCGUCGAGCUUUGGCUGAUUGUGCUGUGGGAUUUGGCCAAGCUGCAAUCGGAGGCAAAUAUGGGAAAACAUACGUUGUCACCAACUCGGACGAUGAUCCUACCGAUCCAAAACCAGGGACGCUUCGAUAUGGUGCAAUCCAAAACGAGCCUCUUUGGAUCAUUUUUGCCAAAGACAUGGUUAUUAGACUCGAAAAUGAGCUUAUGAUAAAUAGUUUCAAGACCAUAGAUGGAAGAGGGGCUAAUGUGGAGAUUACAGACGGACCGUGCCUGAAAAUUGAAGGUGUUAGCCAUGUUAUCAUACACGGUAUUAGCAUUCAUGAAUGUAAGCAAGGGAAACACGGCCGUGUUAGGAGUAGUCCGACACAUGUUGGCGAACGUCAAGGUGCCGAUGGUGAUGCCAUCUCCAUUUUUGCUUCUUAUAAUAUUUGGAUUGACCAUUGCUAUCUUGCUCACUGCCUCGAUGGCCUAAUUGAUGUGAUUCAUGCUUCUACUGCUGUCACUAUCUCUAACAACUAUUUCACCCAGCAUGAUAAGGUGAUUCUGCUUGGACACAAUGAUGAAUACACUGCCGAUAAAGUUAUGAAAGUAACAGUUGCCUUCAAUCAUUUUGGCCCUGGACUCGUUGAAAGAAUGCCAAGAGUAAGGUUUGGCUAUGCCCAUGUUGCCAACAAUAGAUAUGAUGAAUGGAAAAUGUAUGCCAUUGGUGGCAGUGCUGGUUCAACCAUAGUUAGUGAAGGGAACUACUUCAUAGCUUCUGAUAUUUCCUAUGCCAAAGAGGUUACCAAGAGAGAGAUUGAUGGUGGUUGGAAGAAUUGGAAAUGGAGGUCAUCGUCUAAGGAUGUAUUUAUGAAUGGGGCUUAUUUUGUUCCAUCUGGAUAUGGAAGUUGUGCACCACGUUAUUCCAAAGCUCAAUCUUUUAUAGUUUCUCCAGGAGCUAUGGCUCCUGCUUUAACGUCUGAUGCUGGCCCUUUAAGCUGUGUUGUUGGUGAAGCAUGUUGA